AGUCCGCUUGCCCCUCAGCGCGGGCCGGGGCCCCGUUUGGGUGGGUAGCUGGUCUAGAGGGCCCUGGCCGAGGUGAGGCUGCCGCGGUCCUCUCGCUUUGCAGGUGGGCACGGACAGCCGGCAGGCAGGUGCAAGGGCGUCGGCCGAGUCGUGGAAAGACCUCGCCGAGCCGAGGGACUCGGCGGGUCUCGAGCUGGCUGCCUCAGCUUCUGGCCAAGGGCGCUGAUGAUGCUGCGACACCUGGGAGGAGGGAUAGUGGAGGAGGCAGCGGUCCCGGCCAGACGGGCCACCCAGCAACGGGAAGACCGGUGGGAGGGACAAGCCGCUGGCGGCGACGCGGCUUUGGGAGGCAUGGAUGUGAAGGACGAUGGCCUUUAGGUUUUGCCAAGAGCUGGUCCUCGCCGCCUGUUUCGUGUCCUCUCACACCCGCAACCCUGGGAGGCCUUCCGCGGUGAGGCCCAGAGCCUUUUCCAGGCUGGCCCUCUGAGGCUGAGGUGGUGCUAUGCGCCCAUCCUUGGUGUCCUGGUGCAUGCAUGGCUGGAGCUGCCAGCGUGCUUGGGGCAGUUCUCAGUUUGGAUAGCAGCACGGGACAGGUCACACGCUGGCUCUCACGGCUUCAGUACACCCCAGAAGGCCACUUAAGAAGCAAGGUCUGUCGUCUUCCUCUGACCAUCUGUCCACUGCCCCUUCUGAAUGGGGCUGAGUUUGUCUGUUUUCUCUCCCCGAGUGUAAGUUGGGGAGGCCUCAGGCCGGGGCUGCCUCCUACCUACCACGGAUUCCAAGGUGGUUCACGGGACAGAUGGCUGCCAAGUCCUGCUCCGGGGCUCCGGGAGAGAUGCCUCUGACCUUCCAGGAUGUGGCUGUGUACUUCUCCAGGGCAGAAGGGCAGCAGCUGGGCCCCCAGGAGCGGGCGCUCUACCGGGAUGUGAUGUUGGAGAACUAUGGGAACGUGGCCUCACUGGGAUUUCCAGUCCCUAAGCCAGAGCUGAUCUCCCAGCUGGAGCAAGAGGAGGAGCUGUGGGUCCUGGAUCUUCUGGGGCCUGAAGAAGCAGAAGUCUUAAGAAGUUGUCAGACAGAUUCUGAGAUUGAGACCGAGAAGGAGCUAUCCAUUUUAAACCAGAAAUGUUCUGAAGAAGUAAAAACACCAGAAUUAAUAUCACAGAAAUUCCCAGGGGCUAAUUCACAAACACCUGAAUCCCAGGAAGCUUGCGAUCAUAAAGGUCAGGAAGAAGAGAACCAAGGAAGUUCUACUCAGAGUUUGAAGAGAGUUGCUAGAGAGGACUCUCCAGUAUGUAGAAAACAACUUCCAGAAAAUGCCCAGACUCCUGCAUUUGAUAGACACUUGAGUCCAAGCCAAAGUGUUGUUACAAUUCAGAGAAGUAAAACAGGACAGAGAGUCUUUACAUGUGACAUAUGCAAUAAAACAUUUAAAUAUAAUUCAGACCUGAGUCGGCAUCGCAGAAGUCACACCGGGGAGAAGCCUUAUGAAUGUGGCCCGUGUGGGCGGUCUUUCACGCACAGCUCCAAUCUCAUUCUGCACCAGCGAAUUCACACUGGGAACAAACCAUUCAAGUGUGGCGACUGUGGGAAAACUUUCGGGCUCAAUUCCUAUCUCCGUCUGCACCAGAGAAUUCACACUGGAGAAAAGCCCUUUGGGUGUAACGAAUGUGGGAAGGCCUUCAGUAGAAGCUCCAGUCUUAUUCAGCAUCGUAUAAUUCACACCGGAGAGAAACCUUACAAGUGCAGUGACUGUGGGAAGGCCUUCAGCCAGAGUCCCCAGCUGACUCAGCACCAGAGGAUUCACACGGGAGAGAAGCCCCACGGCUGCAGCUGGUGCGGAAAGGCAUUCAGUCGAAAUGCAAGCCUCAUUCAGCACCAGAGGAUUCACACGGGAGAGAAGCCCCACAAGUGCGCUCAGUGUGGGAAAGCCUUCAGCCAGAGCUCCAGCCUCUUCCUUCACCACAGGGUUCACACCGGGGAGAAGCCCUACGUGUGCGGGGAGUGCGGGCGAGCCUUUGGCUUCAAUUCUCAUCUCACUGAGCACGUCCGGAUUCACACUGGGGAGAAACCCUACAUCUGCAGUGAGUGCGGCAAAGCCUUCAGCCGCAGUUCCACUCUGAUGCAGCACCGCAGAGUGCAUACAGGGGAGAAGCCCUAUCGGUGCACCGAGUGCGGAAAGGCCUUCAUCCAGAGCUCCCAGCUCACCCUCCACCAGCGUGUUCACACUGGAGAGAAGCCUUAUGAAUGUGGGCUCUGCGGGAAGGCUUUCAGCCGGAGAUCAGCCCUCACCCAGCAUCAGCGGACUCACAUGGGAGAGAGCCCACAGGAGUUUGAGUGUGACCCAGAUUUUGUUUAUGACUCCAGCCAUCUGUCCACGGGAGAGAGACACGGCAGGGCCUUCAGCCACAGUGCAAAACUUGUUCUGCAGUGGACAAUUCGGAGUGAUGAAAAACCCCGGGGAUGCACUGAAUGUGGGAAAGCUCUCAGCGUUUCCUCAGCGGAAUAUCAGAAAAUUCAAGCUGCUGAGAAACCCUAUAAAUGCCAGGAAUGUGGUAAAGCUGGCAGUAGCGUGUCCCAUACUCAACAUCAUGUAACUGGGGUUGGAGAGAAACCACAGUUGAAUGACGGAUCUGAAAGAUACUUAAUUCAUAUCAAAAAGAUUUUUCAAGAAAGACAUUUUUAAUGUGAUGAAUGUGGGAAACAGUUUAUAGAAAGUUUGUUUUAUAUUAGGUAGGAUGGCAUAAUGAAAAUUAAAAUUAAGCAGACUUGCCUCUUAGGAGGCUGGGGCCCUGUGUGCCUACUGUCUCCACCCACCCCACUCCCCACAUCCAGGGUCCUGACUGACUCAGCACAGCAGGCCACCUUGGCAUCAGGUCAAGUUCAGGUUUUUAGGAGAGGGCCAAGUUUUAACACUAAAGAGCAGCUGAUGGAAGGUUUCAAGAUACGGCAUAUCUCUUCAUUGGUGAUCAAAAACGAGAAACCCAGAGAUCUGGGGAAUUGGGUUUGUCACCUUUGAGAAUAUUAAUGAUGCUAAGGACAAGAUAUGGCAGUAUGUGGACGGUUUGGGGACUGAGGUGGCUCUGCCAGUGGCUGGACUCAAUAUAGGUUCUCUAGGUAUAGAGGAGACUGAAGCUUUGGGGGGCAGCCACUGUAAGACAAGGAGAGGGGGCUGCAGAGUGACAGUUGGUAACCGGAGCUUAGGGCCAGUAUGACCGUGACAAUGAGGACAGCUACAGAGUGCGGCUGCUGGAGGCUCUGGUGGCUGCAGUCUAGCGACAGAUUCCGCACCCCCUCUCCCUGCCAGCAGCCCGACUGCUGCUGACACCACGCCUUCUCAUUAGUAGGCUUCUUUUUAAAGAAGAGCUAGCUGUCCUUGUGUUGUUCUGUUCUGUUUAAUGUUUUCCAAGUUCCUGAGCCACAGGGACAGGCAGAGCCCUGUGAGUUUGAGGUUUCCGAUCAGACACUUGUGUCAGCUGUGUUACUGUUGUGUGUGACGGGAGGAGCGCUGGCUGUACUGCCUCUUCUCUCUCUCCCGGCGUCAUCCUGUGAGUUCAGGCGCCUCCACUUGGUUCUCUGAGAGCAAGCAAGCGGACUCUGAAUCUACGAUCUUUUUGGAAGUUGAGCAAGCUGUGGUUUCUCCAUCUCCAUAUAUUUCUCAGUGAAGCAUGGCUGGAUAGCAGUUAGCAGCAGGGCUGCCUGAGUCCAGCCUGCACACCUCCAUGCUGUGUGCCCAGUGUCAGUGCAGACAGCGGGAGAUUCUAGGUGAUGUUUAUUUAUAUUGUACUUUUUUACUGGAAGGUGUAUGACCAAGCCAUGGUGAUGUAUUUGCAAUGGCGAGGAAUUCUAAUACCCAGUUUCCUUUGGAUUUAUGAAGCCAAUUAAAAAACUGAAAAUCA